UUGUAGAAAGACGGGAUGCAGAAAACUUACCUGGCAAUGCUGCCCUGAUGCCUGAGGGUCUGUGUAUAAACACAAGUCAGAGAGUAUUGCCCCUCCUCUCCUUUCCCAGCAGACACACAGGGCAGCAUGAUGCUGGCUCUAUGCAUUGGAAGAGCCCAUGGUUAAUAUAGUAGCUGGAGCUCCAGCCUAUGGAGGGGGAUCUGCCUGCAUUGCGUCUCACUAUCAGAUCCCAACAGAGGGAGGCUGCUGCUCUCUGCUCAUUCCCCUCAGCUCUGGGUACUAGCAAUGGCCGUGUUGCUGCCCAGGGAGGCUGAUCUGUCCCCUGCCUGGCUGCACCAAACAGCUCUCAGGUUUCUGCUGAGCCUGCAACGUCAAUAAAUGGCCAGAGUUUGCUUUUUACUCUUAAUGUAUUCAGCCUUCCCAAUCCCACACUCAUCACUGCUCCAGAGGGGGUUCUGACUUCAGCUCCUGGAAUGCAGCUGCUCUGCAGCUCCCUGGGAUCGGGCAGCCCCACUCCCUGCAUUUCCCUGCCCGCUGCACCCCGCCAAGAGGAUGGAAUCGGCGCACCGUGCCCUAUUAUCCCUCUGAGCAUCAGCAGCAUCAGCAACAUCAUCAUCAUCAUCAGUAGCAGCAGCAGCAGCAGCAGCUCAUUAACUCGAAUCGGUCCCCAUAGCAUGCCAUAUGAAUAUUUCAGCAGGACUUAAUGCUCGCUCUCCUGUAAACCGAUCUCGGUGUUAAAAGGGGCGCAAAAAAGUGGGUGUUCUGCAUGCGCCUUCCCGAUGCCGCAAGGCUUGACGCAUCACUCUCAGCUCCCUCAGCGCUUUCAUCCUGCUCCGCGGCACGGAAGCAGUCUCCUACCGCACUGGCGUGUUCCACUGGUUCGCCUAACACUGACAACAAGCAGUAGGGGAAGGCAAGAGAAAAAGUGCUGAGUUGGCAAAGACCCUGUAGCUUCCAUCCUACAGCACUGCAUGGCUGGGGGACUGUGACAGAGCAGCAAUGAUACAUUCUCACAGUAGGACUGACCAGCAGGAGUGAAGGAAUACAAAUUAGAUACGAAAAGUGCUGGUGGCUGGGGUCUGUGGCAAGAUUUCUGCAAGGCAAGGGGGGGGGGACUGGCUGCAUUGGGUCUUAAGAUAGUCAAUCUCCUCCCAACGUCAACUAGAGACCAGCUGUACCACCAAGGAUUUGUUGUUUUGGGGGGGUGGGCUUUAAAACAGGGGGUUUCUCUAAGAAGAAGGGGUGCUGCAGUAGCAAAGUGAUUACCUUUACCAGCUCCUCCUUCCCCCCUCCCCUCUGGAAAAAUGACCGUGAUAGCAGGGGAGAAUAUGGACGAGACAUCAGUCUUGCCUGGUCACCCUCAGGACAGCUACCAUCCAGACCAAGAUGACCACGAAUGCUGUGAGAGGGUGGUCAUAAAUGUGGCCGGGCUGCGCUUUGAGACACAGCUUAAGACUCUCUCUCAGUUCCCCAACACUCUGCUAGGGAACCCCAAAAAACGGAUGCGAUACUUUGACCCCCUGAGGAAUGAGUACUUCUUUGAUCGCAACCGUCCAAGUUUUGAUGCCAUUUUAUAUUACUAUCAGUCUGGGGGUAGACUCCGGAGACCUGUCAAUGUUCCACUGGACAUGUUCUCAGAGGAAAUUAAGUUUUAUGAGUUAGGUGAAGAAGCCAUGGAGAAAUUUAGAGAGGAUGAGGGUUUCAUAAGAGAGGAAGAACGCCCUCUGCCAGAAAAAGAGUUCCAACGCCAGGUGUGGCUCUUGUUUGAGUACCCCGAAAGUUCUGGUCCAGCUAGGAUCAUUGCCAUAGUGUCAGUGAUGGUUAUCCUUAUCUCAAUUGUUAUUUUCUGCUUGGAGACUUUACCAGAGUUAAAGGAUGAGCGGAUCUUUAGUCGCCGGGUGAACAACAGCACAGUUUUCUACAAGUCCAACAUCUUCACGGAUCCAUUCUUUGUGGUGGAGACCCUCUGCAUCAUCUGGUUCUCUUUUGAGUUGGUUGUGAGGUUCUUUGCUUGUCCCAGCAAACCGGAGUUCUUCAAGAACAUCAUGAACUUCAUUGACAUUGUGGCCAUCAUCCCUUACUUUAUCACCUUGGGAACUGAAAUGGCAGAGCAAGAAGGUCCCCAAAAAGGGGAGCAGGCAACAUCUUUGGCAAUCCUGAGGGUCAUCAGACUGGUAAGAGUGUUUAGAAUCUUCAAACUCUCCAGGCAUUCUAAGGGCCUCCAGAUUUUGGGACAGACCUUGAAAGCUAGCAUGAGAGAAUUAGGGUUGCUAAUUUUUUUUCUAUUCAUUGGGGUCAUCUUAUUCUCCAGUGCAGUGUACUUUGCUGAAGCUGAAGAGGAUGAAUCUCAUUUUGCAAGUAUCCCUGAUGCUUUCUGGUGGGCGGUGGUAUCCAUGACCACUGUGGGCUAUGGUGACAUGUACCCUGUGACAAUUGGAGGCAAAAUCGUGGGCUCCUUGUGUGCCAUCGCUGGUGUGCUGACAAUUGCCCUGCCUGUACCUGUCAUUGUGUCCAACUUCAACUACUUCUACCACCGAGAAACUGAAGGGGAGGAACAGGCUCAGUUACUCCAUGUUAGCACCCCCAAUUUAGCCUCUGACAGUGAUUUGAGUCGACGCAGCUCUUCCACAAUGAGCAAAUCUGAGUACAUGGAGAUUGAAGAGGAUCUAAAUAAUAGCAUAGAUAACUUUAGAGAGGCAAAUAUCAGAACUGGCAACUGCACCAUAGCCAAUCAGAACUGUGUUAACAAAAGCAAGCUGCUUACAGAUGUGUAGAGCACACUCCCAUUACAGAAUGAUCAUGACCACUUCCUUCUUUGCAGGGCCACCAUCAACUUAACCUUUAAAAAUACUGAGGCCUAGUACAAGUUAGGGGAGCAGCCCACCCCCCAAUACAUGACUUAAAAAAACAUGCUGAUUUGAUAUUCAGGGCUUCCCAUUUUACUGGGCCCCACCUACCCACCUUCCCUUCUCCAAACCCAAUGGUGGCCCUUCUUUCUGUAGAUGCUUUAAACAAAUAGUCUUGAAUGCUUAAUUUUGCCAUCGUUAAUGCUUUGUUGCAUUGCGAGUUUACACUCAGUGAACACAAAAGCUUUCAGGAUUUGUUAAAAAAAAAAAAGUCAUUUAUUUUUAAAUGGAAUUUUCUUUUUCUAAACUGGUUCGUGGGAAAUACACCCCACUCCACAUCCAGUUAUAAUAGGGAAAGAAUUAAAUGCAACUUGAACAGCAAGGUAAAAAAAAAAAAAAAAAAAUACAAUAAAAAAAACCCCCUUUGCCUGUUAAUCCUAAAUUCCAACCAAUCAUCACAGAGAAACUAAAAGUUAACAGAUAUGCAUGGAGUUCUAUUAGAUGUCAGCCAACCACGCACUGCAUUCAAGGAAGUACUUCUCAAUCAAAGGGUUAAGAUGAAGUAUGCAAACACUUGCUGUUUUUUUUUCUUUUUGUUAUUGAUCUGAAGAAGUGUAUAACUUUCCAGUGAAUGACUAUGCACUUAACGAUGACCUACAGAUCCAUAAAAGCACCUUAUGAACCAAUUCAUGACUUUGCUACAUCUUAAAAGUAGAGGGACUUAAAAUUUAAAUACUUAAAAAAACACAAAGGACAAACAUCUGCCUUGCUGCUAAAUACUUUUUUUUUUUUUUUUUUUUUAAAAAGCAGAUGGAUUUGACUUAAAUGUAUUUUUUUUUCACAACUUGGAUGCAAAAUCUUUUUGUUUUUGUCAUAAGCAUGAUUUUUUCGAAUUUGAUACCAACUGUAUUUAUUUGGUAAUCUUGCAUGCCUGAAAUGUGAAACCUCAUACGAUAGGGGGUGGAUAAGUUUUCUUUAACCCUUUUGCCGCCAGAAAAAAAGGGGCUGCGGCCUGACCGCAAAAGGCAAUGAGGGGGAAGGGGGGGGGGGGGGGCGUCAGCCUCCUGUCCCAACGCAAAGCAUUGACAUACAUCAUGUUUAUUUAUGAUUUUCUUUUUAAUUUGCAUUCACCUAAAGUGCAUUCCUAAUUUAUUGAAAACCUUUUUAAUUAGUAAUUUACAGUACUGUAUGUAAAUGCAUAUGACUAUGUUAGACGAACUGGAACAAUAACUUUUUUGAAGAUCAAGCAUGUUUAAAUACCCAGCAUUAUGGGGCCUAUUCGACUAAGGUGUAACCAGAAGUAAUGCAUGAUAUCAGUAUAAAAAGAUCUUCAUGUUUUGGGGAGCCAGGUGGAAUUAAAGGGCCUACUGAUUUUCCCGCAGUAAUCCUCAGGGAAAUAUGUUAUCCACUUUCCAGGCAUAGUUCUAAAGUAUAUAAAUAGACACUUAUAAAUAUAUAUAUAUAAGUAAUUAAACUUAAAAAGGGAACCGUAUGGCCUCUAUAUAAGUCAACUGAACAGCACAUAGUGAUACCUAAGACAAUGUAUAGGUUUACUGAACAUGGUGCAGAUGCAUGAUUAGGGUUGCAGUAUCAGAAUGUAAUGAUCCCUUAACAAUAUGCAUCAAAAAAACUGCAGACCAUCUGUUUUGCAUCCAUUAUUUGAAAUCCAUAGAGUUUUGCACUGCUCUAGACUUUGCUAAAAAAAAAACAACAAAAAACAAAAAAAAAAACAAAAAAAAAAACAAAAACAAAGGAAAAAGACAAAAAUAAAAUAAUAAUCUGGAGAGCAGAAGUGAUUUAGAUAGUUGCUAGUGCCUUUAUCGUUUCAUCGCAGAAUUGCUGAAAGUGCCUCCGUGAACUGAGUUAAAAUGUAUAGGAAUUUAAUAAGAAAGGGGCAAGUGGGUUUAUAUCAUAACAAAUUCCCAAUGGGUGCUCAGAACUUCCUGCGUAUCAAAUAACGUGUAGAUUAAUAAUGAGACUUCUGGAACACAUCUUUAUAGCUGAAAUUUGUAUUGUGGAGGUCCUAAAUUAACAUCCCUUCUAUAUUGAUCAUUUACCGGAUAGAGACACUAAUGCAUUCACUCCGAGGAAAGUUUUGCACUUAAUUCCCUAGUUCUCAAGUCCUUGCAGCUUUUUUCCCUGCAAGUUGGCACCAUGAUCAACUCAAAUUUAUGCAAUGCUGCAACUCUAUUUGAUUUACAUGCAAAGAAAAAACAAAGUUGAAUAUAAAUGAAGGGGAUUUUUUUUUAGUAGCCAGUUGAAUUGACUCAGGAUGAUAUCUUUAUAUGAACAGUGUCCUCGUAUUUAAGUGGUGCAUUGAAUGUGUAUCCCUUUCUCUGUUUCCCUAUCUUCACAAGUAGUGCAAACUAUGCUUCAAUGUCAUCACGGUAUGUAAAACCAGAGGAUAUUUGAAUCCGAGACCAGUACAAUAACCCAGCUCUGAAAUCUGAUUGCAGAUUUAGCUAGACCCAAUAAAUAUAUGUAUGACUGAACCUUUAACCUGGUGGAAGCCAUCCCUUCAAGUGUUUUAUUCAAGAUGACAUUACACCAUGCAGGUCAAUUGUUUAGUUUACAUUGGUUAAAAAAAGCACCUAAUUCUGGAGAUCCCUUUAUGCACUUAGCUUAUGACAAAAAAAUGUUCAACUUUAUCCUUUAUUUAUUAGAAAGGCACUUAAAAAAACUCUUCAGUUGCCCCAAAAUGGAACCCAAGAUAGAGAAAACAAAAAACCAAAUUCAAAUUUUCAUAGGCUUUUUUUUAAAGGAUUCAUGGGUGAAGUCAAAAUGAAGGGCUGAUUUAUUAUCUUCUAAAAAAAAAGUUGCAGAGCAAAUGACAGCUUUGAGAACUUUUCCCUUAACAUCUCAAAUCCUGGUUGCUCUUAUCUAACCCUGCUACAUCACUAAGGUAGGGCACUCUGUGUCAAUGUUCCAGUGCACUCAGUACUACAGAGAUGAGCUGUUCAAUGCCGUAAAUCUGAUAUGGUGGCAUAUAAGGAAAUAAAAAAAGGCAAACUAGGCAACUUGGUUUUUUAGAAAAGUUGGGGUUCCCACAAAUUAGUUUAACUAAUGGACUUAAUACUCUGCAUGUGUAACAGAAAAGUGCUGCAUGAACUGAUAUUUGGAUAGGGCUGGGAGAAACCAUUUGGGGAAGUUUUAGGUGUGUGAAUGAUGCUUUUCUUGUGUGCAUUGAAACCCUACAUUUGAAGUACAGGGAUACAAUUCAUGAAACAUAAGCAUGCAUAUCUGGAAUAAAUUAAAAAAAAAAAAAAUCUCUUACCCCUUUUCUCUACUGUGCUCAAAUGUCUUUGUAGACCUGAAGGUGCACUUGAUAAAUGCCUGUUAUUACAAUAAACGGAAUAUUUUUUACAUUUUAUUGCUGAAUUUAUUAUCUACAUCGCACAAGUCUAUGAUUGUAAUCAUAAAACCGCCCUCAAAUGUAGGCGAGCACUUUAAAAUGGAUAACUGAAGGAUCUGGUGUAUAUUUAAAUGUCAAUUGUCUGCGAUUUGUUAUUGUAAUUGUUAUUGUGUCACCUCUGCUGAAGGCAUGUCACAUGACAUUUGUUUCAAGAAAUUCUUGGCUUGUGGUUAUCCCACUACAGUUUUAUUGCAGGUAACAUGUUGGAAAUCUGUUGGAACCAUUGACCAUGUAUAGAAUUUGUUUUCCCCCUUUAGGAAAUUUGACAUAUUUUGGUUCAUUCAUUAUUUUCUUGAAAUAUUGAUGUGGAUGGGAUUUUAUUUCUUAGAAACUUUUAUUAAUUGCCUAAAAGAAAUAUUUUGGUUCACCCAAAAGACUGUUAUAACAGUAGAUAAAGUGUCAUCUGCCUUCAAGAAGGGCCUAUGUCCAGGGAUGUCUUACUGUUUUUGGAACAUAUGCCUCCUGUGUCCAGGUGUUAAAAACCAAUGUUGGCAACACCUCUUCAUAGCAUAGAUCCUUCUAAUUUUAUCCUUUUAUCAACAGACUUUGUCUGUGGAAGCAUAAAUGACAAUAAAACAGCAUCUAUAUUCCCUCCAACUAAAUCAUGUUGCACUCUCUGCGGGUCCAUAUCUCAGUAUCUGAUAGGUUUCAUAGCUUUGACCAAAAAUGGACCAACUUAGGUUGUGAUUUCUAGUUGUAAAUAAUCACCCUGAGUAAUGCUUCUUUUUUUUUUGUAAAUAUUUAAUUGUAUUUUGUAUGACAUCAAAAGAAUGUUAAAGCACAGAUAAACGAUGAACACAUGUUUUUGGGGUGGAAAUGAUGCUUUGUGUUACCGACUGCAAAAGGCAAACCAUUUUUCAUCACUGAAUGUCAACUUGGAAAGAGAUACGUAAACGUUUGCUUAUUUGUUCUCAAAGGAAUGAUUUAGAUGAAAUUGCAUUGCCUUCAAUAAACAAGUGCAAUUCUCUUAGAGAUGAAAUGUCAGACUAUAAUUGUUUAAUUUUGUGGGUGUUUUUUUUCUUUCUUUGGUUUAUACUUGACCCAGAGCCAAAUUUCUUUUUUAAUGGAAGCUGAAUGUAACGUUCUUUACCUACCAAAUUAUUUUUGCCACCAAAAAAAAGAAUCUAUUUUACUUUAGGGCAUUACAUUUAUUUGAUUAAUUUUUUAGCCUGGUCAGUUAUUCAAGACCAAAGUAUGUUUUAUUGACCUGAAGUGGGAUUUUGCUGAAUGAGAAUGGUUUGACUGUGUUGCUGAUUAGAUGAUAUAAUAAUAAUCAUGCAUUCUUUCUGCUGUUUUUAUUGGGUGGAGGAUUAUUAGGCCUAUUAGGCUUUAUUUUUAUUUUUUUGGAAAAACCAAAGAUUGCUAAUAUAAAAAAAAAACAUUUAGGAAGGGGAGUUUGUUAUGCCUUAAGCCAUGUCCCCUUUCUACAGGUUGGUGUAAAAAGGAGUUUAAACUUGACAUCAGUAUUGUUCCUUGUAAGCAAAUCAAGAACUGAUUUUGGUUCUACAUAUUUUGUAAUUGACUACAAGUCAUGUUGUUGAAAUGGGUGGGGCUGUAGCCUUUACUUGAUUGUAUAUUUACACUUAUGUUUGGCUUUAAUAGCCUGAUUCUGACAGGUAUUUAAUGGUCAGUCAUGUUGUUUGGCUGCAGAAGACCUGUAACAACAAAAGAUGUGGCAUUAAUUCUGGAUUGAAAUGAGUUCCAGCUGGGAUUCAAAUUUUAGCUUUUAUGCCAUUAAUCCUUUAUUCUGUUAUGACCAUUUGCUCAGUGCUGCAUUGAGUAGCAACGAGUAACCAACAAGUUCUUCUGUAAGCAUCUCAUUGCCCCAGAGUCAGUGUCAGUCUGGGGUAUCCAGGACCCACUGGGGUUGCCACCUCAAGGGCCCUCCACCCCAGCCAUGGACAGCCCAGACACAGUUGCAAAUCAACCCGCUGCACACUUCUUCCCCCCCAAUGGGUUCCUUUAAGUUGCAGCACUCAAAUCACCGCAAUCAGAUCUCCCUGCAGGCCAAGAAAGUAGUUUGGGGUAAGGGGGUUCACAAGUGCCAGGGCCCAACGGAUUUCCUCCUGGUGCUCUGCAGACCCAGCAUGACACUGUCCAGAGCUACUAUCUGGUAACAUAACCUUUGUGGUAAAGGCAUAAUGUUGUUGGUCCUGGGGUCAGUUUCUCAAAGUGGCAUUUAGCGGAUAUACUCAGGAGAUGGACAAUAUUUCUCCUGUAGAUGCAGAUUUUAGAAAUAUUGAUCCCUCAGUGGUAUUGCCCCUUAAUCCUCUUCUACUGGGUCGUGCAACUCUUUUUCACCUGAUACAUAAAUCAUCUUGUGCAUAAGGCAGGGAAGUGACUUAGAUGGCACUGACACAUUUUUCUGUUGGAGCAAGAGGUGGCAUUUCUAUAUGAUAUUUCUGAAUGUAGUUUUUCUCUCUUAAAACGUCUAUCACUGUGGCAUAUUGAAAGGGUAAUGCUAUAUUAAAAAAAGAAAUCCAUAUCAUCUUUAAGUUCUUGAGAAAGCUUUGUAUACUGUAUAUGAUUUUAAUGCAUUUUUCUCAGCAGUUGAAAGUGCCAGUUUGAAAAACUGAAUUAAAAAUAUAUUAAAUAUGUUGCUCAUUUAUGUAAUAUCAAAUUGUUUUUUUGUCAUGUUUUCAGUUAAAUAUAUUGACAUUUUAAAAAUAAAUAUUCAUUGUUCGUCAGUAAGGUUUAUCUUCCAUUUCUAUUUUUAUAAAUAGAGAGUAAAGUGUGAGUUCUUAUUCCAUGGUAUUUAUAUAUAAAUGCAUAUAUGCAUAGAAUAAUGCUGCCCUCAUAUUAUUAUUGUUCUUCAUUGCAUCCCAGGAAACGAUUAGGCUAGAAAUCAAGUACCUUAUGCACAGGGCUUACUCGCAGUAUAAUAUUCCUAUGGCAUUUCUUUUUUCAUCUGUACAUGCUCAGUGGGUGCUUCUGAGCAUGUAACUUGUGUGGCUAGUGUUACAAAGAGAAUAAAACUAAAGUAAGUGGGAUGGUUGCAGGCCCAAAUUGGCAAUCUGUGGAUUCUGGCAAAAGCCAUAAACAGACUAUUUAUUGGGCUGGUGGGGGGCUGUUUAGGCCUCUGUGUAGUUGAAAUGGCAGGAACCAGUCUGGCCUGAAUGGUUGCUACUACUUGUACCAUAUUCCUAAUGACAACUCUGUCUAGGGACCUUUACCUUUAUAGCCUACUAAGGCAGGGAUUUAGAGAUGGUGUAUCAGUUAAUUAAUAGGAAACCAACAUGCAGAAGUUUCACUUGUUUAAUAAAAGUUCCAGUUUGGUGAACGAUAAAAAAGUAAUGGAAGUUUUAUUGAUCUAAUGUAAAUUCUGCACAACAGGUUGCAAUAACUUAGCUCACAAUGCAACAGCCACAUAAGCAGAAAGUCACUGGGUAUGUAGAGUACCACACAUAGCAACAAGAAGGCCAACUGAAAUAAUGACACUCAAAAGCUACACAGGCAAAUCUUCAGUCAUGGAUCUUCAGUAUAAUGGCUGGUAGAGUAAGCCUUAGGCAAGAUGUACCUUUCUAGCCUAAUCCUUUGGCUUUAAUUCUCCUUAAUAUACAAUAUACCUACUAACAGUAUUCUUUGUGUAUCCAUGCACUCUCUUUUUAUAUAAAUAUACCUCUGUAUUUCUGUUCAACAAAGAUACAAAUUCUGUAGUUGGAAUCGUAUUUAAGUGCACAUUCAGGGCAACAAAAACAUUUAAGCUUCUACCCGCAGCCUACAAUAACUUACCAUUUGAGCUUAUUUGUACAUCAAUCACCAUAUUUUAUUUACAAUACAUGAACUUGGUUUGUCAGUUUUAAAUGCUUAUCCCACUCUGAUUUAAAAUGACUACUUUUAUCCAGUUCUCCAGCUUGUGUUAUUUUAUCAUCUGUUCAUAUUUUGCAUCUAUUAAAGGUAAUUUUUAAAAGGA